UGUCAUGGCCGAACUGUCGAAAACUUUCUAAACUAACGAGAAGUUGUUUUGAUUAGUGCAUGUAUGUUUUUAAGUUACUUUUUGCAAAUCUGCAACAUGCCAUAGGGUCGAUAUGAGGAAAAUCGAUGAAUAUUGAUAUCUUGGAUCGCCCAAAAGUGCGAGAUGUACUCAAAGGGACGCAAAAUUGGUAUAAACAUUGCAGGGAAAUUGAAGAAAAAACUGGGAGAAACGGACGAAAAAGAGCAGGGUGUCCAGUCCCAGGGUGUGGUGAGUGAGACAACCUCACCUGGAAUGAAGGCCAGUGCUCCUGCCCAGCAGCUUAACAAAAGUACAUCCCUUGGUAGCAUCCACAACGACUCCUCAUCUGAUGGGGCCAUUGUUGACCAUGAUGACAUCAUCAACCUCACACAAAAUGUCAAGAGAUUCUCAGACGGCCUGGCCAGACUGAAGGGAGUAUUUGGAGAUUGUUCAGAAUCUGGAGACGAGUUGCGACACAGAACACAUGAGCAACUUGGUGAAGUGCUAUACACUUUGAAGAAUAUCUUACAAACCUAUCCCGUCCUUCAAUCUACAGAGCUAUUUGCUGCAUCAGGAGCUCUCAUCUCCAAAGUCAAAAGUUUUGACUAUGUUGGAACUUCAUCUUCAUCUGCAGAAUUACAUUUUUCUGAGGCAAUAGAUCAAUUAGCUUUGGUAUUUAGUAGUAGUGUCUCCGAGUACUUAAUGGGUGAUCAAGAUACAUCUUUCCAAGAGAAAACAGUCAAGGCCAUGUCCUAUGAUGGCAUAACCUCCACACAGGACAGAAGUGAGGAAGUGCCAGAGGCCGACGAUAGUACUAAAGGUGUUGCGGUACUGACUACAGAGGGUGUUAACAGUGUUCUAUGCCAACUGCAGGCAGGUGUGGAUGUAGCCCUACAGCGAGCUAAGGUCUGGUCCAAGUAUAUGAAGGAUGUCACCUCCUAUAUAGAACGCAAGGCUCAACUAGAGACAGACUACUCCAAGAAUCUUGGACGCCUAGCUCAGACAAUGAAGCCAAUUUUGACAGAGGAGGCUUUCUUACCACUGCAGUCAGUUUAUUGUACAGUUCUACAGCAGGACAAAGAUUACGCGAGUACUUGUCAAGCUACGCAGAUGUUGUUACAAGCUUCCAAGUUUGUGGAGCCAUUAACAGCCAGGCGGUUAGAACAUGACAAAGAAAGAAAAAACAUCAAAGACUCCUGGCUCAAGGAAGUGAAGAGAAUGCAAGAUGCAGUUCACAGUCUACGGAAGGCACAGUCACUGUAUGUGACACGGCAACAAGAGUAUGAGAAGGUACGUGAACAGGCAAACAAGCUGGAGGCUGACAUGUUGUCCCAGAGCAGCUCCGGUACAAGUGCCCUGAAUAAGGUGGACAAAAGACGCAAGCUGGAGGAGGAGGCCAUGCACAAGGCUGCGGAAGCUGAGACAACCUAUAAGGCAUGUGUAGCUGAGGCUAACUGCCGGCAGCAGGAACUAGAAAAAACGAAGGCUGACCUUAUAGCCAGGAUACGAGAUCAGAUUUUUCAAUGUGACCAGGUUAUAAAACUGGCUACUAUAGAAUACUUCCAUCUGCUACACACAGUAUCAACACCAAUACCUAUACAGUAUCACACCCUAUCAGAGACAACAAAGCAAUACGAGUGUGGGGUCCAGUUCCAGGAGUUUGUCAAACGCUUACCUGUCAACUCUAGUAACACGACCAACACAGAACCAUUCGCAUUUGAACCUUUCUAUACAACAAGGGAUAUUGAGAGCAGAAAACCAAGUACACAAUCAACAGGAUCUGCAUCCUCAGGGCCUCAGUCACAAGAGGGCUCACCUCAGCUUACCUCCCCUCGCAAAGACCGGUACCGUGCCCCUGUGAAGGCGUGGAGUCCUGGCCUUGUGAUGGGAAGUGACACGGACAGUGCCAGUGGUAGCAGUAAGUCUGUUGACUCCUCCCCAAGCAGCAGUCCCCAUCCCACCAGCCACAGGAAACUCGUGGCUUCAGGGUCACUUGACGGACUAGACGAGAGGGAGGACACUGAUCAACAUAGGGAUUUACUGUCACUACCGGGAGCUGAUGGUGGUGACCUUCGGGGUAUACUGAAGCCCCAUGGCCGGCGGAGGAACACUACAUUUGGUGUGGACUUUCAGGAACAAGUGGAACACUGUAAAUCUGCUGUGCCUCCUAUUAUCACCAAGUGCUUAAAGGAAAUUGAGAAACGAGGUCUUAAUCAAGAGGGUAUUUAUCGGAAAUCAGGGGUAAAAAGUAAAGUGGAAGGUCUGUGCCAGCGUUUUGAGAAAGACCCAGACUCUGUCGAUCUCGCCGAGGAAAAUCAUAAUGUUAUCUCUAAUGUAUUAAAGCUUUAUCUCCGUCAGUUGCCAGAACCAUUGUUAACAUUUAAAAGUUAUCAGAGUUUUAUAAGAAUAGCCAAGGAUCAUAUGGCAGGGUUGUUUGACCUUGAGGAAACUGUCAAUCAGCUUGCGGACGUUGUAUCUAAAUUGCCAUACUCAAAUUUUAAAACUUCAGCAAUAAUUAUGCACCACUUAAAUAGAAUUGCUGAAAACUAUAGUACCAAUCAGAUGACAGCAAGUAAUCUGGGGAUUGUGUUUGGUCCAACGUUACUUCGACCUCUUGAAGGAGCAUCGUCCCUAGCCUACCUUGUCGACAUGCCUCAUCAGACCAGGGCAGUGGAACUCCUUAUUGCUAAUGUCAAGGACAUAUUUGGUCCAGAAACCGAGUAUGAGUUGAUACCUGGAGAAACUCCUGUGGAGAAGAUUGGUGAUAGUAAAACUUCAAAGAAAACAGCCCCUAGUCCGCAGAGUACUUCCACUCUGUCAACACAGUUAGACAAACAAGAUUCUACAGAAAAGAAAGAUAAAGGCACAGAAAAACAACAGGUCAAAUCUGAAAGCUCUUCAGCCGAGAAGCCUGUAGAACAAUUGAUACAAGCAGCAUCAGAGGAUGGGGAGACUAACACAAAGAGUUCAGAUGCAGACUUUGUGCUGCCAGGGAGUGCCCACUGUGACAAAAAGGCUUGUCCUUCUGUCACUGUCUCUGACGAUAAAGGAAAAGCAUCUGGAGGUCCAACAGAGCUAGGUACAAUCAGUGCAUCCAGGCCAUCAACAAAGAGUGGGAAACCGUCUCCCCCUCAGCUGCUGAAACUGGCCUCCCAGCUACUCUCUCCGGGUAGCUCAAGGAAGAUGGCUGUCCCCACCAUCAACAUCAUAGACAGCAGUCCGGUAGGGGAGAUCAAUGUUCACGCAAGAUUCCCUGCAGAUUCUGACAAGACUAAAAAAUCUGGGACACUGCAACCUAAGAGUUCAAGUAGCAAUGCUCAAAGUUUGCUGAAGUCUGUUGGCCCUUCUAUCCAGUCAUCUAUACAAUCAUUCAUGUUAGCAACAGCUAAGAGUUUCGGUAGUAAUGGAAGUGGCAGUAAGUCAAGUAAAGUAGAUACCAGUAAUUCUGAUUCCAAGGCCUGUGACUCUCCUGGGGCUCUCUCUAGACAGAGUUCAAGUUCCCCAUCUAGCUCCCCAAAUGUAUCGAGACAGAACUCCUCUUCCCCUUCAAUGAGCCCCACACCUCAAUCCCCACCCCUGCCUCGCUUUGAAAAGCCUUUACCCACACCCCCCUCCCCUGUUAUAGGGCAACCUUCAACAUCACCUCAGAACAAAGCCCCACCUCCUUCACCAACCUUUUCUAGAUCACAGGAAAAGACCCCUCCUUCACCUCCGGUCUUCAUUAGGCGCACAACAGCAUCAGUCACAAAGCCCUCACCACCAUCACCAAUCUUUUCCAGGCACACAACAUCUGAGAAGGUAUCUCCUUCUGUUCCUAGCAUAUCCUCUUCAAAACCUACUCCUCCAGCAGCAUCAACUUCUAAACAAACUCCUCCCUCCCCAAGUCUCUCCAACAAACCAGUAUCAUCUACUAAACAAACUCCUCCCUCCCCAAAUCUCCCAAAUAAACCAGUAUCAUCUACUAAACAAACUCCUCCCUCCCCAAAUCUCCCAAAUAAACCAGUAUCAUCUACUAAACAAACUCCUCCCUCCCCAAGUCUCUCCAACAAACCAGUAUCAUCUACUAAACAAACUCCUCCCUCCCCAAGCCUCCCAAAUAAAUCAGUAUCAUCUGCUAAACAAACUCCUCCGUCCCCUACCUUUGCUAGAAAUACAAUAUCAGAAAAACUUAUCCCAGCAUCACCGUCUCUAGCCCGAGGUGUUGCCUCUAUGCGAUCAAUUCCUUCCCCCACCCUGUCUCGUCAUGCUGUUUCUGAAUCAGCUAUCAAAUCCAAACCAGGUUCCCCAAGCUUAACGAGACAAUCUGCAGUAAAUAAGCCUGCCUCGUCACUAUCCUCCUCCUGGUCUGCACGCACCUGGUCAUCCGAGUCUAGCCAACCAAAGAUGAGUUCAUCUGAUCCUCUACACAGUCCUAGUAGACCCUUAGACCAGAGACAUACUGAUACCAACACAUUGUCAGCUCCUGCAGUAAAGACUCGUGUAUCUCCCACCUUGUCCAGGCAGCAAGCAGUGCAGUCAGAUGAGGCUGAUCUCAAAUUGCCUUUAACACCCACCCCUCCUCGCUUCUCCCCAGCUUUACUACGUCACUCCAUGUCCGUCCAGUCAUCUUUGCCCACCUCGUACGGAUUACGUAAGACCAGCCCCUCCCCAACUUUGUCCAGAAAGUCUUUAUCUUUAUCUGAUCACACAACAGGCAAGACCGGUAGGAUAUCGCCACGCCCCCUGUCUUCUCCGCUCCUGUUACGACAGACAGCCAUCACACCUCCAUUAGCUUCCUUUCAGAGUCUGAGGGACACUGCUAUGGUUGGUGACAAGUUGUUCAGUAGCCGAUCUGAUCACUUGAAGGGUCUUACUAUUAAGGAAAAGCCUGAACCUAACAAUCAUUGUGAUGGUUCUAUGUCACCAGGAGAGAGAAAUACCUUCAGAGAGUGUGAUCAGAAAUCUAGGGUGAACCUUAGCCACGAUAAACGAGCUGUGUCUGACCCUAGUUUAGGGAGAGCAUCUUUGUCUGAAGACUAUAUGUCAAAUACACCUUCUUGUGAUUAUGAAAGUUGUCAGACACUGUCGUUUGAGGGAGAUGAUACCAGUGGAAAUGUUUCCAUGGAAAGACCAGAGGCAUCCAAUAGAUCUAUGGAGUCCUCUAAAAGUGACCAGUCUUCCUUAUCUUUCUCAAGUCACUCCUCAGCAUCUGACUCGGAUAUUUCAUCUGCUGCAAAUUCAGAUAUGUCCCCAGAAUUCAGGAAGAAACUGAUAUCACUACCCAGACCUCAACGAGUCCAUUUGAUGUCUGGAACCGGAUUUCCUGACUUCUCCCCAAUUCUUCCACGUCAAAAAGACUUUAAUAUCAAGAAAGCUGAUUCCACUCCAAGUAUACCUUGUGCUGCUUAUCCCCUAAGUGGGAAUUUGUCAGCCAUGCUGAACACCCCCAGGGGAACCUGCCCUCGGACUGUUGACCAGACUGACAGUAGGUAUAACUCUGUUCCUAGAAAAUCCAAGUCUGUUGAGUUUCAAUCCAUAACUGAUUCUUUAUGUGCCUCCAGUAAAGAUACGGAGUCUGGGCUUUCAUCUGGUGUGUCCAGUCCACAGCUUUCCGGGACAAGUCAGGGUAGUAGGCCAGCACACACACGGCCAUCAGUUAUGCCACCAGGUCCUAGAGCUUCUCAUACACAGGAGAACCUAGACCUAUGUUCAUCCAUUAAUAGUUGUCAAUCUGAGGCUUUAUCCAGACUUGGUAUAGCAUCAUCCUCUAGUCAAUCCCAUGAUCAGCCAUCUGACACCCCAGCUUUGCAGGCCAAGGUCAUGCCACCCCGCAAGGAGGGGCUGCUUCCUCCUGCUGAUAUGACUGUGAUACAGGCAAGUACAGCCUUGAAAGUGUGUUCCUCCCCUUCUCUCCUGUCAUCACCUUUAAAGGCCGAAGUUCUUUCUACUACACCCAAGUCCUCAUCUACCACAUCAGAAACAGACCCUAUCUCUGCCAAGUCCUCACCUUUUGUUUCACUGACCCCUGCUCCCUCUAAUUCCCCUGCUGUGACACAGAGACUUGCAGGAUCUAAAGAUGAAGGUCAGCCUUCUCUGACAUGCACUACAGCUUCCAAUUGCAGCCAAGGACUGGAAACAAAACGGAAUCUGAUCAUAGAUACUGAGCCAUCUGAGGCAGUAGAAACAGAUGUGUCUUCAUCACCUAAAUUGUCUCAUAUCCCAAUGCCAAAAACUCCUCCAAAAACUCCCCCAUCGCCUAGAGACACUCAGAUUCCUGUUCCUAAGACCCCACCGACCCCAGGUAGAAUUACCCCUACACCACCACCAAAGACUCCCCCUCCCCCCAAGACACCUCCACCUAGUAAGACUCCUAUUUCUAAGUCCCCUCCACCAUUGAAAACUCCUUCAUCUCCAAAGGUUCUUCCAUUUUCAAAGAGCCCACCACCUAAUUUCUCCAAAAACACAUUCUUCUAAUAAGAAUGCAUAUAGUUCAGCCACUAAACCAAUUUCUGAAAAGACAGCCAAGUGCGACCAUGUGUCUGCAGGUAUAACACAAACCCCACCACCCAGACCUGCGCAGACCCUGCCUGCGGCCCCACCCACAAAGGCAUUGUUACCAGAUACCCCACCAGCUGUCAGUGUGCCAAGUCUUCCCCUGGUACCAGCAGUCAAAGAUGUUAAGGCAAGGACUGCUAGAACCACAGUGAAGACCACAAAGUCGGCCUCCAGGGAGCCUGUCAAAGUUGUCAAGGGUCCAAGUGGCAUUGUUAUGGGUAAGGCAGCCAUCAUGCCAGGAGGCAGGGGCGCUAUGCACAGGUCCAUGUCAGCUGGUGGAGCAGCUGGUGGAGCAGCUGGUACAGCGAAUGGCAAGCGUUCACCUGUACCUCCCUCAGUCAAACAUCCUACAAAAGCUGGGGAGUCAGGCUCUGGGUGUGUUAGUCCCACACCACAAGUCUCGGGCAGAAGGACACCCACUGCUUCUGCAGACAAGAAGCCUCCUGCUGGGUCUUCAUCUAGUAUGGCUGGAAGGAAAACCCCGACUGGUAUUGUGGCAGCAUCUGGCAGGAAAACACCCACAGGGUCUUCGUCCUCUGGCUCAAGUUCUGGACGUAAGACCCCUGUUACCACAAAUACUGGCAGUAAAUCAGAAAAAACGUCCUGUUCUACAUGUGGUAGGCGAAAGAACUCAACAACAAAGUCUGUGUCUGAUGCAUCUCAGCCAGUAACCCUUACAGCCUACAGGCGAGCCUCCACAGGUACCAGUGGGGUUAUUUCCAUAGGUGAGCCAGCCACUCAAGAGUCACCACAAACAUGCAAAUCUCAUGAACCAAGGGAAGGUCCGAAGAAAGAUGGCAAAAGUACUGGGCGUAAGGUGGCGGGAAAGACUGCAGUGUCUAGUACAAAGAAGGAAAGGUUGCCUCACGUUGUUUGAUAUUCUUAGACAUGUACAGUAUCUUAACUGGAUAUUUAACUUUGAAAUGCUGAUUUACAGGCAAGAUUAGUGAUUAGUGUAAAAAGGGUGUUUUACAAACUAUUAUUGCCACUUCCAUUGACUUACGUAAUGUAGCAUGUCUGCCAUUGUUUUUUUACUCAAGCUGUUCUUCAUGUUGAUUCUAUAUUAUGAUUUUUUUUUUGAUAUUAUCUAGUGUGAUGUAAGUAUUACUAAAUUUCAUUCCGUAUUCUUGAUAGUUGUUUUUCUUUCUUUCUGUUUUUUAUUUAUUUAUUAUUUUCUUUUUUCUUUUUUUUUUUUUUUUUUUUUGAAUUUUAACAUUGAAAUUUAACAGAUUAAUCCCAAGUGGUUAAGCUGAGUAAAUGUGUUGACCUGCAUUAGUGACUUCACCGUUUGUCACUGUGCAGGUUACACUACUGGUAUGUAGGUCACUGGUGCAUAAUUUCGUGAUUUGUUGCUUUGUGCAUGUUAUGCAUAAUACCGGUAAGCUCUUUACAGCAGUUUAAGAAUAAGAAUUGGAGUCGGAAUGAAACCGGUUCUAGUUUUGUCUUAUGUCUUAAAUGUAAAAUCUUUUAUCUUUGAUUAUCUUCAGUUUUCCAUCCAUUCCAAAUUAGAAAUAUAUGAGAUUGGUGUUUACGACUCUAUAGAUUACACACAUGGAUAAAAAACAAGCUUUUGUUAAGAAGGGCUCUGCUGUUAAGUUCAUCACUCAGCUAUUAUUGUCAUGAUAGAAAUUGCUUUUUACUCCUUGAGAAAAAAAAUAUCUAUUGACCAUGCAACUUUGUCUUUUUUUUGUUUUAAAUUUCAAUGAUUACAUUUUUUAUUAGCAACUUAAAGACUGGUGAGCAAUGAUAAUGAAAUGUAAUUAAAUUUCACAGAAGGACCAGUGAUAUAGGUACAUAUAUUUGUGUCUUUUAGCGUUUUGAAAUUUAUAAAGUAGUAUCUUAAAAUUAAACUGCGAGAAGUUGACUGCAGGAACUGGUACUGACAAGGUUGAAUGUCCUACUUGUGUAGAUAUGUAUAAGUUAAUACACAGAUGGUGCUGAACUACAUACCUUUUGUAUGGUUUGUACUAGACGAUUUUAGGAUGUAUGAUCAGUGAGAAACGAGUGAGGACAUGGUUAUCCUGUCAUAGGGGUGUAAAUCAGAAGGUUAUCCUGUCAUAGGGGUGUAAAUCAGAAGGUUAUCCUGUCAUAGGGGUGUAAAUCAGAAGGUUAUCCUGUCAUAGGGGUGUAAAUCAGAAGGUUAUCCUGUCAUAGGGGUGCGAGUCGGAAGGUUAUCCUGUCAUAGGGGUGUAAAUCAGAAGGUUAUCCUGUCAUAGGGGUGCGAGUCGGAAGGUUAUCCUGUCAUAGGGGUGUAAAUCAGAAGGUUAUCCUGUCAUAGGGGUGUGAGUGAAGGUUAUCCUGUCAUAGGGGUGUAAAUCAGAAGGUUAUCCUGUCAUAGGGGUGUAAAUCAGAAGGUUAUCCUGUCAUAGGGGUGUAAAUCAGAAGGUUAUCCUGUCAUAGGGGUGUAAAUCAUAAGGUUAUCCUGUCAUAGGGGUGUAAAUCAGAAGGUUAUCCUGUCAUAGGGGUGUGAGUCAGAAGGUUAUCCUGUCAUAGGGGUGUAAAUCAGAAGGUUAUCCUGUCAUAGGGGUGUAAAUCAGAAGGUUAUCUUGUCAUAGGGGUGUAAAUCAGAAGGUUAUCCUGUCAUAGGGGUGUAAAUCAGAAGGUUAUCCUGUCAUAGGGGUGUAAAUCAGAAGGUUAUCCUGUCAUAGGGGUGUAAGUGAAGGUUAUCCUGUCAUAGGGGUGUAAGUGAAGGUUAUCCUGUCAGAGGGGUGUAAAUCAGAAGGUUAUCCUGUCAUAGGAGUGUAGGUCAAAAGGAUCGCAGGGAAGGUUGUCGGACUGAUGAUAUUGAUUACUUGAGUGUAGAUUGUGAUGGCAGGGUAAGUUUUCUGAGUGAACAAACAAUUUAUUCAUUUGAGGAGAAAGCAAGAAUGAAUGUGCCCCUGAACGAGAAAUCAGGAGUGAAUGUGCAGCUGAACGAGAAAUCAGGAGUGAAUGUGUUUGAUGAGAAUAUAGGUGAUCAAGGUGAAUUACAUUAUGUCAGUCCUGUAAUUUGUCUUGAAUGCUUUUAAAAUAUAUGGUGUUAUUCAAAGAAGAUUUCAGUAAGAUAUUUAUCAUACUGUAAGUUUCUGAACAUGAUAUUAUGUAUAGAGUCAGACGGGACUUAUUAUGGUUAGGCCACCAGACUGCAAUCUUUACUGCUAAUAUCACAAUUUAUCACAUAAUCGUUCUGUUAUCCAGUAAAUUCGCCCAUGUAAUAUUUUUGUAUAAGCCACUAGUGUAAUAUCCCCUGGUGUGUUUUUUUCACUGGCUGUGCCAGUCAGAAAUUGAUUGUGGCACCAGAAUAUAAACAUUGACAUUAUGUCAUGAAUUGUGAAUUGUCCAACAAAUUGGUUAUCUCUGUUCUAUUAAAUCAUCCAGAAUUUGGCUUUAAAGCCUGUCCAAAUGUAAGUUUUCUAAGUUAUGUGAUAAAAAAGUAUUUUAAAUUUGUUUUCAUUUCAUGAGAUUUUAUGAAACAAGUCUGAGAAGUUUUAUUUUUGAGAGGCUGGCUACAUCAUAAAAUCUCAUAUGAAAUGAAAACUUAUUUAUUUGAUACGAUCCUUUAUAUAUAUAGCUGUCCUGGCCAAACGAAACACGAUCCUUUAUAUAUAUAGCUGUCCUGGCCAAACGGUAGAUUGUUUGAUAUAAUAUUACCUGACAGAUAUACUCCUAUCCUAGGGAUUCAGGGACAAUGAUUGGGUUUGUGCACAUAUAUUCAAACUUACAAGUUUGAUGAUAACUGUAAGUAGGACAUUUCUAAUGUGUUUAGAUGUUUGUCACUUCUGUAUCUUGAUUAAUUGUAUUGUAAACGUUAUUCUUGCCAUAAAAAUGUAUGUAUGGACAUGAAAACCAGCCACUGAGACGCGUCUGGUUGGUGGUCGUUAAAUGUUGGUAUUGAAGCCUGAACACUAGAGUGCAUCAAUGUAUAAAGCUCGUGUAUCGUUACUCAAGUCAGUAUGUCCUAACACUAUAUACUAGUUUAUAUCGUUAAGAACAUAUAGACUGAAGCCAUAAUUUGACUUAUUGUUUGAGAAUAUGGUAACUUGGAAUAUAAUAAUAUAAAGUGUGUCGCAAUGCUAUGCGUGCAAUAUUAUGUAACUAUGUAAUCACAGUCAUGUUUGUUAUUAUUGUAUAAAACUUUGUAAAUACAGUCUAUUUAUCCUAUAUUUUACAGAUAGACCUAGUUGUGUCAAGUUUUGUACACAUAGAUGAUGAUCUGAUAUAUAUUUUGUAAGUUAUUAUAUUGAUUUAUCAUAUUUUUUAAUUUGAUUCUUUUUAAAGUUUGAAUGGUGUUUGAAUGAUUUUCUAUUGCAUCUUUCUCUGCGAAAUAUUUUUUAUCAUGCAUUUUGCAAACAUGACCAGUGAGGUUUUUUUUUAUUACUUCAGCCAGCAGUGUACUGACAAUGGGUUGUAUUGUACUUCUCUUUUAUUAAGCUUCAUUUGUGCUUACUUACAUUGCAAACUUUUAAACAGAAACAGCUAAAAUUAAAAGCUUUUGAUAUAAAACAAUAUAUUUUAAGUUCGAUAUUUUAAUCACAUCAGUUCAAAAACAUAUCUUUAAGAAUUAACUUUUUUUCUCAACAUCUAUCAAUCAGUUCUUACUAUGUUAUGGUUGUAUGCUCAAUACACAAAUGCUCAAAUGAUUUUGUGUGGAUUUCUUUUUAAAUGUUUUUUCUUUGAUCUGAAUGUUACAUAUUAUUUCUCAAGGUAAUAAGGGAAAAGCUUGCAUAAUAUAAUACAUAUAAAGAUAGGAAGCUGUCAUGUAAGUUACAAGUAGUGAAACAGAUAUGGAAACUGUUUCUUGUAAAGUUAGACUUGGUAGAUUGCCUUAAUUAUUAGUCUAAAUUGUAUAAAAAAAAAAAGCAUAGAAUUAUCAGCCAAUCAGUGUCUUCCAUUACUUUACUGCAUGUCAGGAUGUCAGUCGUAAACAAGUUGUAAACUUCUAGUCAUAACAUGGUCAGUUAUACCUGGUGGUCCAGUGUAGAUGUGUGUUACGUAUUACGUUCAUAUUAAAAAAUGAAGCCAAUUCAGGAUAUCUUGAUUUUUACCAAGUUAGGCCUUGUGCUUCCCUCUCUUGUAACCAAUUGUAAUUAAUUUUCAGGUAUUUUGGGGAAAGACAGGUUCAUAUUAAGAAAAAAAAUGCCCUUAUGGUGACCAAAAUCGGUUUUUAGUGCUACAUUUUUAACAUGAGAAUACACAUUAAGACAGUACUGUUAUGUAAAGUUUUAUUUUGUGUUACAUAUGUAAUUGGACUUGGAUCAUUAGUCAAAGAUUUUUAGAUUUAUUGUAAUCCGUUAUUGAAGGACUGUAGACUCUACUGUGUAAGUAGACGAGAUGCUAGUGCUGUGAUAUAUAUAUAUAUAGUUUUCAGAUAGUGGAUCAAAUCUCAUUAGACCGUGUGUAUUACUAUCAUUAACAGUACACCACUCUCUAGUAACAGGGAAACCAAGUGUAAGACUUUCCUGUCUAAAAUCUAAGCAUAUUUGUGAAUGUAAAGUUUAUGCAUUUCUCUUUUGUGAAUUGAUUUCACUCAAUAUAUAUUUAUGACUUAAACACUUAUCAUUUGAUCUAAAUGUCCCAUUUAUGAGGGAUAUUGAGGUAACUUUUCCUUCCACUGUAAUCAAUUUGAGAACAUUUUCUCAAGACUUCAAUGAUAUUACGAAAAUCAGCUAGUACGACAUGUAGUAUCAUUACCUUGGAGUAAACCUAUACAAGUCUGGUGGAAGCUGUAGAAUGUGAUAAUUAGGAAGGUAACUCAUAAACAAAAAUAUGUUUGAUGAGUUUGUAUCAGUUCGGCUAAAUGAGUUGGUGCAGUACUGCUCCAUUGAGAACAUACUGUUUCCACGGAUAAGACAGUGUUAAAACACUAAACUGGUAAUUCUAUGUUGCUCUGGUAUAAUGUAUGAAUGGUGCUGAAACUAGACCAGCAUGUUCCUCUGAUCAACAAAUAUUCAGUAAAUCAAACUAGAUAUGUGGCAACAUUUAGGAGUACCAAUGAUAAUUUUAAACUGACUAUCCUUAUCUUUGAAUUGGUUUAAAAUUUCUAAGCACCUAAAUUUAGGAACUUACUAAUCAUAAAAAUGUGUAGCUAUAAAUAUGUUGUAUGGUAUUUUAUUGAUAAUUUUGACUUCAAAGAGCAUGGUCUUGAUCAUGUCCAUAGUCUACUUUCUCCAAGAAGAAAAAAUGUUAAUAAGAGGAUUUUAACAUAAACUUCCAUGAAUCACACACUAUCUUGUGUAACAAAAUAAUAACUAGUGUUAUUGUAAUACUGGGUAUUCACAUGUAAUACGUUUUCUGUAUAAUGAGGGCCUGUGUAAUACAUGUUUUCUGUAUAACGAGGGCCUGUGUAAUACAUGUUUUCUGUAUAACGAGGGCCUGUGUAAUACACGUUUUCUGUAUAAUGAGGGCCCGUGUAAUACACGUUUUCUUUAUAAUGAGGGCCUGUGUAAUACACGUUUUCUGUAUAACGAGGGCCUGUGUAAUACACGUUUUCUUUAUAAUGAGGGCCUUUGUAAUACAGAGAAAAAAAGUUCAUACAUACCGGUAGGUAUAAAGGAUAUGGAUAUUCAACCCUCAGGGUCAUGAAAUGGAGGUAAAAACUUUGGAAUAACUUCAGUUUCGUCUCCCUUAGAUGGGAUAUUGAGAUCCUUCAUAUCCACUGAUGAAAUUUGUAUGGUAUGACCAUCAUAGUAUUAAUCUAUACAGGAAUACACAGUGUAACAUACAUGUGUAGUGUCCAUAUACAUGUAGUGUCCGAUAUAUUGCAGUACACUGGUAGAAUUGCAGGUUUAUGCUGUACACUGCAAGAUAUGUGUGCCAACAGUGUUAUACAUUAGAUACACAGGUAUAUGUGUAAAGUGAUGUGAAAAUGUUGGAUGCAUGUUUAACAUAUUGAUAAUUUGAUACAAAUUGAAGUUUGUAUUAUCAGUAAAUGUCGGACUUGUUAAGUGUCAGAUAUUACCAGUAAAUGUCAACUUGUUAAGUGUCAGAUAUGUAUGUGUAAGAUUCAGAUGGUAUGUAUGUAUAAGUGUCAGAUACACAUGUAUCAUAGAAAAUAGUCACAUGUAACCUCUGUAUAAGUUAUAUAUCCUGCAUUUACGUGUAGACAUUGUGUAAUGGGGAUUGUAUCGCAAUAUCUUUGUAUUGCCAAACAUAGCUGUGAGUAGUGGAGUGUAUAGAUUAUGGUAACUGCUGGUAAUCGGUCAUAAUCUAUGUAGCUGUAUAAUGUAGUAGCUGUACCAGCCAUUAAUCAACAUUGUUCUAUUAUGUAGUAUGUGUUUUACCAUCUAACACUCAUUUAUAAAUAAAUUUUAUGAUUAUGAUAUAU